AAGGAAUUUUUCUGACAAACGCAAUAGGUCGACCAGUACUGGAACGCAGUGCGCUAAGCCCCUUUAUGGCGGAGGCUGCCAUGUUAAAACGGAAUGAAUCGAAACCCUGGAGUCGUGACCCCGGAAGAACCUGCCAGAGCCGGAAUUUCGAGUUCUGCUUCCGGGCCAAACUGUUGGCAGCCUCGAGAUGGGGAAGAUGGCGGCUGCGGUGGCUUCAUUAGCCACGCUGGCUGCAGAUCCCAGAGAGGAUGCUUUCCGGAAGCUUUUCCGCUUCUACCGGCAGAGCCGGCCGGGGACAGCGGACCUGGGAGCCGUCAUCGACUUCUCAGAGGCGCACUUGGCUCGGAGCCCGAAGCCCGGCGUGCCCCAGGUGGUCAGGUUUCCUCUGAAUGUGUCCUCUGUCACUGAGCGGGAUGCCGAGAGGGUGGGACUUGAACCUGUGAGCAAGUGGCGGGCCUAUGGACUCGAAGGCUAUCCUGGAUUUAUUUUCAUUCCAAACCCCUUCCUCCCAGGAUGCCAGAGGCACUGGGUAAAACAGUGCCUUAAGUUGUACUCCCAGAAACCUAAUGUAUGUAACCUGGACAAGCACAUGACUAAAGAAGAGACCCAAGGACUGUGGGAACAGAGCAAAGAGGUCCUAAGGUCUAAAGAAGUGACUAAGCGAAGACCCCGAAGUUUACUAGAGAGACUGCGCUGGGUCACCCUGGGCUACCAUUAUAACUGGGACAGUAAGAAAUACUCAGCAGAUCAUUAUACACCUUUCCCUUCUGACCUGGCUUUCCUCUCAGAGCAAGUCGCCACUGCCUGUGGAUUUCAGGGUUUCCAAGCAGAAGCAGGGAUCCUGAAUUACUACCGCCUAGACUCCACACUGGGAAUCCACGUGGACAGAUCUGAGCUAGAUCACUCCAAACCCUUGCUUUCCUUCAGCUUUGGACAAUCUGCCAUCUUUCUCCUGGGUGGCCUCAAGAGAGAUGAAGCCCCCACCGCCAUGUUUAUGCACAGUGGUGACAUCAUGGUAAUGUCGGGUUUCAGCCGCCUGUUAAAUCAUGCGGUCCCUCGAGUCCUUCCACAUCCUGAUGGGGAGUGCCUGCCUCACUGCCUGGAGACACCUCUCCCAGCUGUCCUCCCUAGCAACUCAUUGGUUGAGCCCUGUUCUGUGGAGGACUGGCAGGUGUGUGCCACCUACCUGAGAACUGCUCGAGUUAAUAUGACUGUGCGUCAGGUACUGGCCACAGGCCAGGACUUUCCUUUAGAACCCGUGGAGGAGACAAAAAGAGACAUUGCUGCAGAUGGUUUGUGCCAUCUGCAUGACCCAAAUAGCCCAGUAAAACGGAAAAGGUUAAAUCCUAACAGCUAAAACUUAGGGGCUAGAUUCUCUUACUCAGACAGGCUUUUGUUGCCACACACAGGGACAGGAAGAAGUCAUCUAUGAUGUUGCUGCUUUGGGCCCAUCUUAGAGUGAAAACUGAUUAGUUUGUCCAAAGAAGUGUCCUAAGCGAUCCAGUUUGAAGCUCUUAGGAGUGUGUGUUUCUCAUACCAUAUUGGUAUCAUGAUCCACACAGACAAGCAUCCGAGGGAGGAGGAAGUGAGUCAGCACCUCAGUUUGUUAGGAAAUCCUGUUUCUCCCAGCACUGUGUGACUUAUGAUCCAGCCACCAGAAUUCCUAACUCCUCCUAGUCAUCAAAUUAAUUCUUCGGCUCUUCACUCUUCUCUGCUCUCACAGAGGAAUCUUAAGCAGAUGAAGACAAUGGAAUUAAAGUGUCCCUAGGAGCCACAGUUGUCACUUGGUUGGUAGAGCACAUGCUUGCCAUGCACGGAACCCUGGGUUCAAUAUCCAGCACCUCGUAAGCCAGGUGUGGCGUAAUGCACUUGUAGUGCACUCCAAGGGUAGAAGAUCAGACGGUCAAGGUGACCUUGCAUCUAUAGACUCUUCCUAGUAGGUUUUUAAUUUGUUUUAAAUAACUAAAAGUCUCUAGGGUGUUUUGUUAGCUGUUUUCUCCAUGAAUAAACUCACUCUAUUUUAAAUUAAAGACCUGUGUCUGUCUUUGAAGGCUGCUGUAUCAGGCAUCCACUUUGUCCUCCUUUUAUUAUGUGUUGUAUUGUUCAUGCUAUUGAAGUUUAGGUAUUUUUCCCCUAAGCUCUGUGUUGUGCCAGAAUGUUCCUUGACCCUCUGGUCACUGGUGUCAGAAUACAAUGUCACCUCCAUGAGGGAAUUUUGGUUAUUUUCCAUCUUUCUCAGCCCUGUCCUCCACUCUCUUUAUUUAUUUGCACUUGGGUUUGUGUGAUAACAGUGGGUGUGGUAUUUUUUAAUAGGAAAAAAAAUUAGAAAUCCCUUAUAUAAGCUGCUUUCUGAAAUUAGUGGGAAAUUUUUAUGUAAUUUGCCUUUGGGAAAGUUACUUAACUUUUCUUUGAUAGUUCCUUAAAUUUGACUCACAUGAAACCACCAAGCUAUUUUUCUGUUCUUGUUUUGGUAAACCCAACAGAAAGUUUAUCAAUGCCAUUAAAACAAUCUCUUUAGCUGUGCUGUGGUAGUACAUGCCUUAGUCCCAGCACUCAGGAUGUGGAGGCAGGUGGAUUUCUGAAUUCAAGGCCACCUUGGUC